GUAUUGGAUUCGUCGCCCUGUUUCGCAACAGCUGACGCACAGCGCCCCCACGUUUCAUUGUCGUCGUAGGCACGUAUUUUCUGCCCUUCAUCACAAUGAUCGGAUCGUCGUUGUUGCAUAAUUCGUGAAACUCUUUGCAUGCAAAGGCUAAGUAGGAAUUCUCGAACGUCGUCCGCGUCGACCUCAGUCUCUGUGAGAGCAGUGCAGUGAAGUUUUUGUUCCUCUCUAUUCUGCCUUUGCUUCGAGGGACUCCGCAGUUUGUAGAUCUCGAAGCUGCUCGAGAUCUGCAUCUAACUCGAAGCCGCUGUUUCGUACAUCGAACCCCGUGGUUAACAACGAGUCGGCUUGCUUGUCGAUGUGUGACGGAUAAGUUCGUUCUAUCAACCGUUCUUCCUAGGUCGAGAGAUUCACUCGGAGACGGAGUCCUGACUUGUUGACCUCGAAGUGCGUAAUAAGAAUCUUACGUUUUUUUCCACAUCGGUGUCUAGCUUCAGUUAGUCGAUUUACUUCUACAGACGUGUUGACAGCUUGGGCGUGGAUUGUUGACGCUUGAGUAACGAGGCAAAGACCAGCUGGGGAACACGUUCAAGUGGUGAAGCAGAAUAAGAUGGUGAAGGACACGCAGUAUUAUGAAGUGCUCGGUGUAUCUCCUGAUGCAACGGCGGCUGAUAUAAAGAAAGCUUACUACGUCAAGGCAAGAAAGGUUCACCCUGAUAAAAACCCAAAUGAUCCGGAAGCUGCUCAUAAUUUCCAGGUUCUGGGAGAGGCCUAUCAGGUUCUUAGUGACCCACGACAAAAAGAGCAAUAUGAUCAAUUCGGUAAACCUGGAGUUUCACAAGAAUCAAUGAUGGAUCCAGCAGCAGUAUUUGGUAUGGUGUUUGGAAGUGAGCUCUUCGAAGAUUACGUGGGACAACUUGCCAUGGCAUCUAUGGCUUCACUGGAUGUACCAACUGAUCGACCAAUGGAUUUAAGGCAAGCUCAAGAGAAGCUCAAGGAAGCGCAGAAAAUCAGAGAAGAUAAGCUGUAUGAGAAGUUAGUCGACCGCUUGAAGCUGUACGCAGAAAACAAAGAUGAGUUCAGAAAUUGGUGCCAAAUUGAAGCUGAGCGACUUUCUGGUGGAGCCUUUGGUAACGCAAUCCUUUACACUGUUGGUUACAUCUACACAAGGCAAGCUGCCAAAGAGAUGGGAAAGAAAGUGUAUUUAUUGGGCAUCCCUUUCCUAAGUGAAUGGGUCCGCGAUAAAGGUCACUUUAUCAAGUCUCAAGUCACCGCCGCUGCAGGUGCAGUGCAGUUAAUGCAGAUGCAGGAGGAGAUGAGGAGGAAGUUGGAGCAAAGCGGUGGAACUCUUCCAGAGGGAGCUAUUGAGAAGUUUAUGGAAGACAAACAGACGCUUAUGCUAGGUUCUCUUUGGAAACUCAAUGUCGCUGAUAUCGAAGUAACUGUUUCCCAUGUUUGUCAGAGGGUACUGCAUGACCCAAAGGUGAAGAAAGAUGAGCUGAAGCUUCGAGCUAAAGCUUUGAAGAAAAUGGGCUUCAUAUUUCAGGCAGCCAAAGUCAACAUGGCGAAAGCUAAAAGUUAUAGAACAGAGCACGGUGUUCCUUCUCAGGAUGCUCACCCGCAACAGCAACCAUCAGCUUCUCCUAAUGGAGCUUCCACGGAUUAUGCUCAGAAGAAACACGAAACACAUCCUGUACCACCUUCAGAAGUGCCACACGCUAGCUAUGUUCCACCUCCAGAAGACCCUUCUGCUCAAAACAUACCAUCGUAUCCAGGAGUCUCAAGUGCUAGCACUUUUCCAUCUUCGUCUUCCGGGUUUUCCUAUUCAAGCCCUGUAUCAUCGACUGAAGCUCCGAGGAGUACUCACCCUGUACCACCUCAUGUGUCUGAAUCUAUGGCAAAGCCUAUCGUCAAUCCCGACAUACCAUACGGUCCUGGUCCUUACGUAUUCACCCAAGCUGCACCAGGAACACCGGAACCCACAACAGGCCCCAAAACUUUCCCGCUUCCGAAGGCACCUGAAGGCGCCUCCACAACUCAAAGCUCUCAAUGAAACUCAACAAGUGGCGUGGAGCACAUGUGAAUUAGCUGAGUUGUGCGAGUUAAAAAAGAGUCACUUAUUAUGUCUGCAGAUCUGCAAUCCUUGUGACCAGAAAACCCGCUCAAUCAUUUUGGAUUGUUUAGUACCACCUAUUUUAGUGACAGAUUGUAGAGGUACUGGAACUUGUAGCACACUCUGCAGGCCAAAGGCCUAUGAGUUCGCCCGUGUACAAAACUCUUUAAAAGCCUGAAAUCUCCGCACCUCAAAGUUUUAGGUACUACAUUAGAGCAAGUUUAUCCAUGUCAGCGUAAAUCCAAACCAUAAUCUGAGUGUGGAUGCGAUGCACUCGUGUUAUAUAGUCCUCAUCUCUUGAACCGUCAAAACUAGCUGCUCAUAGGUACAGUUACUUUUCUAUCGAAAUUUGAUAGUUGCGUCUGACGGUGCAGGCCUCGGGGAAGCCGUCAAGUUCGGGCAUGUAAGUGCAACACUUAGCUCUGUCGAGUGAUUCUUGAGGUGGAGGAAUAUUCUAGACGAAAUGCGGUGAUCUUGACUUGGUCCAAGGCAUUAGCUGUUCUCAAAACUCUCUCCUUCAAAGGCUUCUUGUGAUAGCAAACGUUCCCCAAUGAUGAUGGGAACGUCAACAAUCAAAGAACACUUCUAACGGUGAAGAAAGCCGGAGGCCGUGAAACGCAGAGGUUUUGAGUCCCCUGGUAUUGUGAUUGCCGUGCUCGACCCCAAUACAGCUGUCAGAGUCGAUGCUUCUCUACAUCUCAAACCCAUGCAGAGCAAGCUGCUACGUGCUUGGUAAAAUCUCUGCUUUAGCCUCGAGAUUGUCUUCCUUUUUAGCUUAACAAUGUCGUCACUUAGCUUGAUGGAGUACUUGGUAUUGAAGACCGAGGACGACGGUGAGGAUUGCGCAGUGGAUCUGUGGUAGUGGAGAUAAGGCCCUGGACAACUUUUUAGAGCAAGCCGAUAAAGAUUUGAGGGCCAGGGCUUUCAUAGAUAAUAUAGGAUGCUUCCAGUGUUAAUGACGAAUUAAUUUAAUUCGACACUUAGGUAGCAGAGGCCAAACCACUCAAGGAUGGAAGGCGUUCUAUGGAGCGUUUCCCCUAGGAAGCCUGAGUUGAUGUCGAGACAUUUGGUUGGUAAUUGAAGUUGGUAGAUAGUUGAUCGUCCAAGAUUUGGGCGUCUUUUGUAACUAGUUUCAACAGUUUAUCCUUUCUGUAAAGUACCUUGUCUGUGCCUUCAUUAUUGU